AUGCAGAUUAACAAAUCAGAGAAGCCGGACAAGCCUGACAACUCUGACAAUGUCAAGGUCGUCGUUCGCUGCCGGCCUUUCAAUGAACGAGAGAAAGCAAUGUGUUACAAGAUGGCUGUUAAUGUGGAUGAGAUGAGAGGCACCAUUACUGUCCACAAAACAGAUUCUUCCAAUGAACCUCCCAAGACAUUUACAUUUGAUACUGUUUUUGGACCAGAGAGCAAGCAGCUUGAUGUUUAUAACUUAACGGCAAGGCCAAUUAUAGACUCUGUUCUGGAAGGAUAUAAUGGUACCAUUUUUGCUUAUGGGCAGACUGGAACAGGAAAAACAUUUACUAUGGAAGGUGUCCGUGCUGUACCAGAACUCAGGGGGAUCAUUCCAAAUUCCUUUGCUCAUAUAUUUGGGCACAUUGCAAAAGCAGAAGGAGAUACGAGGUUUUUGGUUCGAGUCUCUUACUUGGAAAUUUACAAUGAGGAAGUGCGUGACCUGCUGGGGAAAGAUCAGACACAGAGGCUGGAAGUUAAAGAACGGCCUGAUGUGGGUGUCUAUAUCAAAGAUCUUUCGGCUUAUGUUGUAAAUAAUGCCGAUGAUAUGGAUAGAAUUAUGACACUUGGACACAAAAACCGGUCUGUUGGUGCCACUAAUAUGAAUGAACACAGUUCCCGUUCCCAUGCUAUCUUUACAAUCACAAUUGAGUGCAGCGAAAAGGGCAUUGAUGGGAAUAUACAUGUGCGCAUGGGAAAGCUGCAUCUAGUAGAUCUUGCGGGAUCAGAAAGGCAAGCAAAAACUGGAGCCACUGGGCAGCGACUAAAGGAAGCUACAAAAAUUAAUCUUUCUCUCUCCACCCUUGGAAAUGUGAUUUCUGCAUUGGUGGACGGAAAGAGUACUCAUGUGCCUUACCGUAACUCUAAAUUGACGCGACUAUUACAAGAUUCCCUUGGUGGUAACUCCAAAACCAUGAUGUGUGCAAACAUUGGCCCUGCAGACUACAAUUAUGAUGAGACCAUUAGCACUCUGAGAUACGCCAACCGUGCCAAGAACAUCAAGAACAAGGCUAGAAUCAACGAGGACCCUAAAGAUGCCUUGCUUCGCCAGUUUCAAAAAGAAAUUGAGGAGCUUAAGAAAAAGUUGGAGGAAGGGGAAGAGAUCUCUGGCUCUGAAUCAAGUGGCUCUGAAGAUGAUGAUGAAGAUGAUGAUGGAGAAAUUGGAGAGGAUGGAGAAAAGAGAAAGAAACGAAGGGGCAGUAGCAGCAGCAGUAGUUCAGACUCCACAUGCUCUGUCAUAGAGAAGCCUCUGGAUAAAUCCUUCACUAAUCAAGCAGGAAAGAAGAAGGUUUCUCCUGACAAGAUGAUGGAGAUGCAAGCCAAAAUUGAUGAGGAGAGGAAAGCGCUUGAAACAAAGCUUGACAUGGAAGAGGAAGAACGAAACAAAGCCAGGGCUGAACUUGAGAAGCGAGAGAAGGACCUUCUCAAAGCACAGCAAGAACAUCAGUCUCUCCUAGAGAAGUUGUCAGCCCUGGAGAAGAAAGUGAUAGUGGGAGGUGUGGAUUUGCUGGCAAAAGCAGAGGAACAGGAGAAACUUCUAGAAGAAUCUAACAUGGAGCUUGAGGAACGAAGGAAAAGAGCUGAGCAGCUCCGUAAGGAACUUGAGGAGAAAGAGCAAGAACGUUUGGACAUAGAGGAGAAGUACACCAGCCUUCAGGAGGAAGCACAAGGGAAAACCAAGAAGCUGAAGAAAGUCUGGACUAUGCUAAUGGCUGCAAAGUCAGAGAUGGCAGAUCUGCAACAGGAACAUCAGAGAGAAAUUGAAGGCUUACUGGAGAACAUUCGACAGCUCAGCAGGGAGCUUCGUCUUCAAAUGCUCAUCAUAGACAACUUUAUACCUCAAGACUAUCAGGAAAUGAUUGAAAACUAUGUUCACUGGAAUGAAGACAUUGGAGAAUGGCAGUUGAAAUGUGUGGCAUACACAGGAAAUAACAUGAGAAAACAGACUCCUGUGCCAGAUAAAAAAGAAAAAGAUCCAUUUGAGGUGGACCUUUCCCAUGUGUAUCUAGCUUACACUGAAGAAAGCUUGAGACAGUCUCUGAUGAAGCUUGAGAGACCAAGGACUUCAAAAGGAAGAUCGAGGCCCAAAACUGGCAGGAGAAAACGUUCUGCAAAGCCAGGAGCUGUGAUUGAUUCAUUGCUUCAGUAAAGAUGGUGGUAUUGCAAUAAUUAUCAGCGUGUGGCUUAAUACUUGGCCAAAAUCUACAGAUCCUUAUUUCUGGAGAGGUUUAAGGUGGAGUUGACGGAGAAGUCGCUAUGAAGGCUAUCAUUUGUGACAUGGAUAUUACACAAAACACAU